AUGGAUCUCAUGGAAAUGUGGAAGUUGAUAUACCAGGAGGAGCUGCCCCCGGAUAUUGGGCCUGUGAAGGACAUUUUGGAGGAAUACAGCGGGAUAGACUCCACCGAGGUGGAGGCACAUCUUCAUACUAUUAUCGGCUUCGAGCUCUUCCGCGACCGGCACCGGACGCCGGCGGGCUUUGUCGUGGGCAACAUGAUGGACGAUGUCGACGAAGGGCUCGAGAAGAUUGACGGACGGAUAUCGAUAGUGCACGCCUCCAAUUUCUGGCACCUCUUCAACUGGACGCAGCAGCUCGCCAUGGCGGUGCGGUUGGUGCGGUUCUUCAAAAUGGGCGAGAAACGAGCAAUGAUAUAUGGCCGACAUGUCGGCACCCACAAAGCGGGAUCACAACUAAAAGCGCGUCAUCCUUCCUCCAUGACCAAAAACAUUUCAACGGUUAUGGGACGACGUCGGCGCUCUCACGGACACAAGGUGGAGAGUCGAAAUGGAAUUUUAGGCGAGCGGUUAGCCCAAAUACCGGGCUUCAACGGCGAGACGAUGGCGGCCAGAUAUGGCGUGUACCAAAUAAACUAG